UGUCACCCACUGUCUCACGGGUAUAGAGCCCAGUGCGCUCUCCAGUAAAAUGACAGCCGGAGUUCUGCUCCUAUGGCUCUGCCUCGCUCUCCGGCUGAGAUGUGCCACCCUGCUUGUUGUCCCACAGGACAGAGGGACGGCAGGAUGGCACGAUGGUUUGGAUGCGACGGAAACGGCGAACGAGGAGACGGGCGCGCUGUUCCAUCUGAGCUAUUUACCUCGGGGUCCAGCGGUGGCCCCUCACAAAAAGGCGCCUCAGUUCAUGUUGGAUCUUUUUAACGCAGUGUCAGUUUCUGAUGAGGCCCCGAAAAGUCUGAAUGAGAUUCUAGAAGGGAACAUAGUUCGUAGUUUCGAGGAUAAAGGUCACGCUGGAGAGAGGUUUCACUUCUUCAAUCUGUCAUCUUUCAGUAGAGAGGAGAGAAUGGUUAAAGCAGAGUUCCGUUGGUUCAAAAAGAAACAGAAGUUUUACCAAGGAAAGUCAUAUGGGCCUCAUUUCUAUAAGGUGGAUCUGUAUGAGGUGCUGGACAGCAAAGUGAAGCCCUGGAGAGGAAACCUCAUCAACUCCAGACUAGUGCCUCUCUACACACAGGGAUGGGAGGUCUUCAAUGUCAGUCAGAUGGUGUCCAAGUGGAUCCAAAACAGUCAGGAGAACAAUGGAAUCCUGGUGGUGACCAUGCUCCCUUCUGGUCACUGGGUGGAGUCAGCAGCAUCCUCAUCUAAGCAGAACAGAGCACUGACAGACACAAAGUCCUACCUGGUUGUGUUCUCAGAUGAUGGGAGGACGGGAGCAACCAACCAGUCCUAUGUGGGUGAAGUCCAACCUGCAGCCGCAGCACCUGAGCUCCAGGACCACCGCCGCAGAAAGCGACGUGCAUCUCCGAGCUUCUCGCCCCACGAUCGGUCCCAGUCCUGCCAGCGGGUUCCCCUCUUCGUUGACUUUGAGGAGAUUGGCUGGUCAGGCUGGAUCAUCUCUCCACGGGGAUACAACGCCUACCACUGCAAAGGCUCCUGUCCGUUCCCACUGGCAGGCAGCCUCAGGGCAACCAACCACGCCACAGUGCGCUCCAUCAUGCAUGCGCUCAAGCUCUCUAGCGACGAAGUGGGAGCCCCCUGCUGUGUACCCGACAGGCUCCAGCCCAUCAGUUUGCUAUAUUUUGAUGAUGAGGAGAACGUGGUUUUAAAGCAGUAUGAUGACAUGGUAGCGUUAAGCUGCGGCUGUCACUGACUAGAUGGGACAGCCUGCAGUGAAGCAAUGAGGGAUGUGGAGGUGAUGGUUUUCAGGAGUUGAAUAAAACGCUGUAUUUUUGUGCAUCUGUUUAAAUAUUGUGUUAUUUUGAGAA